AUGGAAGCGAUUGAGGCGUCUUAUCGUGUAUGCGCGGGGGGAAACAGCAAUGCGGAGGAUGUCGCAUACUACACACGGAACAUGCGAAUGGAGGAGAAACUCCGCGAGGAGAUCUGGGGUACUAUCUCGACUGGCCCAGCGAGUUUCCGCCUCUCAGAUAACUAUGUACACCAGAAAGUAGAUUUGGUCACCGGAUUGAGUUUUCGCUUUCCGACCAGCUCGUCAGAGCCACCGUCGUACGACCAGCCUCCGCCCCUCUACGAUGAUGCGAUCCAUGAUCUUCCUCCUGAAUACUCCACACUGCCUCCACUGGCGCAGCGCAAAUCCACGGCUGUUUUCUUCGCGCCAAAUACUCUGGAAAUAUCAUAUAAUCCGUCAUCCUCGCUGCUAAAAGACCGCAUGCUGGAUGUACGAAUUGAUUUUGAAAAUCCAACUGGUAUUCGGGAACAUAAGAAGAAAAAACCGGCCGCAAAGAGAGCAGUAGCCCCUCCUACUCCCCCUCCUCCUCCGCCGCCACCGGCAGGAGGGGCUGGUGGAGGAGAUGACAAUCACAAAGGCGACGGUGAUGCUGGUGGGGCUGGCGGUGAUUCAGGCGGCGACGGAGGCGGCGACGGGGGAGAUGGUGGGGGAGAUGGUGGGGGAGAUGGCGGUGACGAAUGGAGUAAUUGGAAUGUGAGCGGAAAGAAAGACAAAAAGAAGAAAGAAAAAGAGGAGGAAGAAAGAAAGGCCAAAGAGGAGGAAGAACGAAAGGCCAAGGAGGAGGAAGAGAGAAAGGCCCAGGAGGAGGAAGACAGAAAGGCCAGGGAGGAAGAAGAACGAAAGGCCAAGGAGGAAGAAGAACAAGAGGCCAAGGAGGAAGAAGAACGAAAGGCCAAGGAGGAAGAAGAACGAAAGGCCAAAGAGGAGGAAGAACGAAAGGCCAAAGAGGAGGAAGAACGAAAGGCUGCUGCGUCCUCUGCUGCCAACAAUCUUAGCUGGGCUGAAGAUGAUGGUGGGGGCGACCAUUCCUGGGCUGCGUUCACGAGCGUAAAAAAAAAGAAGAAAGGAAAGGACACAUUUCCACCCUCCGGGGGCUUCCAGGACGUAAGUCUAAAUGAUGGCGCACCGCAAUUAGACUUGAACUUCGAUAAUGCGGCUCCCAAGACCGGCGGAACUGGGUUUAGUUUUGGGGGAUGGGGCAAAGACUGGAAUACGGGCGGCAAACUUGAUCCUCUUUCGAACGAAGAACCCAAGGACAACAACCCAUGGGAUAAGAAGAAAUCAUUGGAUAGUGGCGAAUUCGAUUUUGAUUUGGGCUCCGCACCCGCCGAAACCAAGCAAGAAGACGACUGGGGCGCAGGGGGGUGGGCUGUGAGCAAAGACAAAAAGAAGAAGGGGACGGCCGAUCCAGAGCCCAUCCCAGAGGCUCCUGCACCUCCGCCUCCGCUUGCACCCAGAGUCGACUUCACACAAGAAGCAUGGUUUCGAAAUCUCUCCAAGUCUGAACAGCGUAAAGCGAAGAAGGAGAUGGAGAAAAAGAUCAAAGACGAGGAAGCUACAGCACAGCUGGCGGCAGAGCAGGAAGCAGCUCAGGCAGCGGCUGCGGCUGCGGCUGAACUGGUGGUCGAGGAGACCGAAAAACCACUCGAGGCAGAUAAUGACUGGGGCUGGGGUGUUCCAGUGAAGACAAAAGAUAAGAAAAAGAAGAAGAUCGACCUUUUAGCUGAUCCGGAGCCUAUCAUCGAACCACCAAAACUCAAAGAGCCGGUUGAUCCAUUUGCUAUUUGGGGAGUUUCAAAGAAAAGCAAAGGCAAAUCAGAGCCAGUACCCGAGCCAGAACCUAUUCGGGAACCCGAACCUGAGCCGGAGCCAGAGCCAGAGCCAGAACCUGAGCCUGAACCUGAACCUGAACCUGAGCCGGAGCCUGAACCUGAGCCUGAACCCGAGGCGCCAAAAAUACCGGAUGAGCCUCUAUAUGACAAUUGGCGUGAGAUAUCGUCUAAAGAACGCAAGAAACGGGAGAAACAAUUGAUGCGUAAGGGCCUUCCCAUUCCCGGCAAGGAUUUCGAGCUCCCAUCAGAUAAGCAACUUGAAGAAGUGCCUGAGCCGGUUGUUGAGCCAGAGCCAGUAGCUGAGCCAGAACCUGAGCCAGAACCUGAACCAGAACCGGAGCCAGAACUAGAGCCAGAACCAGUGCCUGAGCCUGUACCUGAGCCUGAACCCGAGGCGCCAAAAAUACCGGAUGAACCUCUAUAUGAAAAUUGGCGUGAGAUAUCAUCCAAAGAACGCAAGAAACGGGAGAAACAAUUGAUGCGUAAGGGCCUUCCCAUUCCCGGCAAGGAUUUCGAGCUCCCAUCAGAUAAGCAACUUGAAGAAGUGCCUGAGCCGGUUGUUGAGCCAGAGCCAGUACCUGAACCCGAACCAGAACCCGAACCGGAACCUGAACCGGAACCUGAACCGGAACCUGAACCGGAACCUGAACCUGAACCUGAACCCGAACUAGUCCUAGAGCCGGAACCAGAGCCCGAACCAGAGAAACCGACCGAAGAGGAUUCUUGGGGUAUUUGGGGGCCGGCAAAGGACAAGAAAAAGAAGAAGAAGAUCAUGGAUUAUGAAGACCCCCUCCACGUGCCCCCACACCUCCUUCCCAGGGCUUUACUCCAGAGCCAGAAGCUUUCUAUGAUAAUGCCGACGAUGUUUGGGCGGAGCUAG